CUUUUCUUGUGGUUUGUUUUUUUCUUUUUUUCUCUGUUGCCUUCCUUCCUCCUUUUCCCGCUUAACCCAGAAAAACUGAUUGAGGGACUCAAAUCUCCUGAGACUGCGCUUCUGCUCCCUGAUAUCCUGCCUCUCGCUGACCCCUUCGGUAGCACGUCAGAUGCUGUGAAUGGAAAACCUGACGUAGCUGUUGAGAGUCUCAUACCGGGCCUCGAGGCUCCAUUGCCCCAGCGCCUUGUGUCACAGACUGAGUCGGUUGCCUCCAACAGAACAGAAGAUACUAACCUGAUAUCAGGCUUUGAUGCUCCUGAGGGCUCUGAAAAAGUGACAGAAGAUGAGUUUGACCCAAUUCCAGUGUUGAUAUCCAAAAAUUCACAAGGUAUGCAGAGGGAUCCGGCCCUAUUCCCAGUUGUAGCUCUUGAACUCCGUAAAGGACCUUCUGGCAGUGAUGGACUUGCUUUGUACAAGGGCCAGUCUGAGAUACUGGAGGUGAAAACGCAGCACAACUCAGAAUCAGACUACUUAACAAGAGAUGGUCCUUCAAGCAACAGCUCCUUCUACAGCAGCGAAGGAGAGGGGACAGACCACGAAGGAGACAUUUUGGAUUGCAGCGGGUCCAGGCCUUUACUGAUGGAUUCGGAAGAGGAGGAGGAAACCUGCAAGUUGUGCGCAGGAUUCCUGCAGUCUGCGCCCAGGGAAAGACAUGAGGCCUCCAAAGAAGAUCCCCACUCCAGCUCUUCCCAUACUAGAGCAGGGGCGACGCUGUUCCCUUCCCAGACUAGAGCAGGGGAGACGCUGUUCCCUGCCUUCCAGUCGCACACCGGGGAGGUUUUUAACGAGCCAGAUGUUUUUGCCACAGCUCCUUUCCGAAGCUCGAGAAAAGUGCCUGAUGAGGUGGACGUCUUUACCAAAGCUCCUUUUAUCUCCAAGGGCAACGUGGCUCUUAGACAUCCAGAAGAAGCCGAUCCUGGAUUCAGCAAUGCGUGGGUCCACGGCCUCGGCGAGAUCUCAAAAUCCCUCUGCCGGGUUUACUCAGCCAAGCAAUCUUCAUCCCUCUUCCGUAAGAGCCGUGGAGACCCAGGAGAACAUCCCUUCUAA